AUGAAAAGAAAGCACCAGAUGAGGAGUAUGGAAGGGAACGCCAGAGAGGAGAAGAGAGGUAACACCAUGUCGUUGUCGACACUCCUUCGAGGCGCGGCUCGUCAGCUGACUUCUUGUCGCCAAAUGUCAGCAUAUCCCAUUCCCGACACCAUGUUCGGUCUCAGCGAAGACGAAAUUGCGCUGAGGAAAUCCGUUCGUGAUUUUGCUGACAAGGAAUUAGCUCCGCAUGCGCAGACGAUCGAUCAAACCAAUGAGUUCAAAGAGUUACGGCCGUUCUGGAAGAAGCUUGGAGAACACGGAUUGCUGGGUAUCACUGCGCCAGGUGAGUCUCAAUCCUUAUAUUUCGUUUUUUUCCAUUUUUUUGGGCAGGUUGUUUUAAGCAACGAGGGGCUCCUACGAGGUGCAUUGAUUUGA